GGGAUGUGAGAAGAUAAAGGCAAAUCAUGGUAGUGAGGGAGUGAGGCGGCCAGAGUCACUGUACAUUAUACAACAUCAUCAUCACCACCAUCAUUGAUAAUGUAUCGUCUAGCAGGUAGCAUCUAACACCUAGCGGGACACACGACAAUCUCUAGUGUGCUAAGAGUUUAUUGACUGUAAGUGGAAGUGUGUGCUUGGCAGCUUGUGCAAAACCUCUAGUCAUGGCAGCUGGUUCUUCAUUUUAUGGCUUUAAUGCCCUAGACAUAGAUGGCAAUGAUGUAUCAAUGGAAAAAUACAGGGGCCAUGUUUGCAUUGUGGUAAAUGUGGCAAGUAAGUGAGGAAAAACUGCCGUGAACUACACCGAACUGGUGCAGCUUCACGAGAAAUAUGAACCCAAUGGCCUGUGUAUCCUUGCCUUCCCCUGCAAUCAAUUUGGAGGCCAGGAACCAGGUACUGAAGAGGAAAUUAAGGCAUUUGCUCAAGGUUAUGGAGUAAAGUUUGACAUGUUUUCCAAAGUCAAGGUAAAUGGGAAUGAUGCUCACCCUCUGUGGACCUUCCUAAAAUCAAAGCAGGGAGGAACACUUGGGAAUUUUAUCAAAUGGAAUUUCACAAAAUUUCUGAUUGACAAAUCCGGAAACCCAGUGGCUCGCUAUUCUCCUCAGACCAACCCAAUUCCUGCUAUUGAAAAAGAUCUUGAAUCCUAUCUGUAAGCCAGCAGUAUGGAUCAUGGUGCAUGGUGUGAGGAAGAACCAGAGUUCAUGCAGGGAUACUCUGAUAUUCUACAUGCCUUCAAAUUAUAAGAUACAGCAAAGAGGAUAAGAAGGGUUACUAUGAAGGUUUACAGGUAAACUUGUAUACAACACUUGUAGACUGGAUGCUACUGCUCUUGGUCUUUCCUUGCUGUCUUAUUUUGCAUCCUAGAACCAUUGUUCCUGAAAGUAUUGUAUGCUUAUGGACCAUAAGAAUUUUUUGAUGGAAUGUUAACAACACAAGUAUAGUGAUUUAUUUUUUUUGUAAGUUAUCUAGUCGUUUGACUUCAGGUAUUUAUUGAUAAUAUGCAUUUAUUGUUUAUACUUAAAAAAAAAAGUUGCUACUUCAGUUACCAUUUGUAAAGCCUCAAUAAACAAUCAAAAAAAACAA